AUGCAGAACUUCACCGGCAAAGUUGUGUUCAUCGCGGGAGGAUCGACUGGACUCGGCAAGUCGAUCGCCGAGAUCCUUGUCGCACGGGGCGCUCACGUUACGAUAUUUGGUCGCAGGCUCCAAGUGUUGCAACAAACCCGACAGGAGCUCUUGCAGCUCGCUAUCAGCCCGAAGCAAGAGAUCAUUGCCGUCUCGCUUGAUCUCAUGAAUGCGGCGCAGGAAAGUUCAAAAAAUUGCAAAGAUAUCAAAGACCUUUUCUCAUACGUCCAGCAGGUCGAUAAGGUCUUCAGAGAGCAACCCCGCACUCCCGAUGCGCUGUAUUGUGUCGCUGGGGGUUGCGUUUCCCAACUUGGCUUCUUCACAGACCUCUCUAGCCAGCAGCUUGAGCAAUGCAUGCAAAACAACUACCUAACAAGCGCUUUCCCAGCUCAUUCGCUUCUCAAACUGUGGAUCGACGAGGACAAGAAGAGCUCUGGAAACGAGGGACAGAAGACGCGGCAGCUUAUCUUCAUUAGCAGUGCAGCUGCCCUCUGCAAUGUUCCUGGCUAUAUUGCUUAUGCAGCCCCUAAAUGUGCCCAACGGGCACUCGCUGACACCCUCCGCCAAGAAGCCGCCAUCUACUCUACUGCAACCUGCCAGUACAAGGUGCACUGCGCUUUCCCGAAUACCUUUAUGACGGAUGCGUUUCUAGACGAGCAGAAGACCAAGCCAGAUCUUACCAAGCGUAUCGAGUCGUCUGAUGGCCCUAUUGAGAAGCUUAAGACGAAGAUGCUUUCGGCUGAGUAUGUCGCAGAGUACAUUGUCAGAGGGGUGGCAAAGGGAGAUUUUGCUCUCGUCAGUGACUUCGACACGGAGGUUCUGUGGAGCAACAUGGUUGGCUCAUCACCCAAGAGGGGCUUUGGCUUCGUUGACUCUAUCCUUGGGCUGCUUUCAGGGUUCUUGGUCUGGCCGAUUUUGAGAUACAUCUGGACGCGCAUGUGCACCCAAACUCAGAAGAAGAGUGUGUGA